AUGUCUGCCAACUCUACUAUCAACGUUAAGAACAUCGCUUCGUCCACUAGCGACAGCGAGAUCAAGGACUUCUUCAGCUUCUGUGGUAAGAUCGCUGAUCUCAAGGUCACCCAAGAGGGCGAGACCAAGUCCGCAGAGGUUAUCUUCGAGAAGGAGACUGCCAAGAAGACUGCUCUUCUCCUCAACAACACCCAACUCGGUCCUAACCAUCUUGAGGUCACCAGCGCCGGCGCUGACGGCGAAGACGAUGUCCACCAAGUCACCAAGAACGCUGACCGCGACUCCGAUGAGAUCACCCAAGAGGAGAAGCCUCGCGCCCGCAUCCUGGCCGAGUACCUUGCACACGGUUAUGUCGUAGGCGACGCCGCCAUCCAGCGUGCCCUCGACCUCGAUGCCGCUCACAACGUCUCCAACCGCUUCUUCUCUACCCUCCAGGGUCUCGACCAGAAGUACCACGCUACCGACCGAGCCAAGGCCACCGACGAGAGCUAUGGUAUCACCCAGCGCGCCAACAGCCUCUGGCUCGGCCUCAGCUCCUACUUUGAGAAGGCCUCCAACACACCCACCGGCAAGAAGAUCGCCGAGUUCUACACCGAGGGUAGCCGACAAGUUCAAGAGGUGCACGCCGAGGCUCGUCGCCUUGCUGAUCUCAAGAAGGAGGAGCACGGUGGAAGCGCCUACAAGGCCGCUGGUCUCGAGAAGGUCUUCGGUAAGGAGAAGACCUCCGGUACCGCCGCCCCCGAGGCUGGUCAGGGCAGUCUAGGAACAUCAGUUCCUGCCGCCUCUGCCGACAACGUUCCCAGCGUGAGCGCUCCUGAGGGUGGCGAGAAGCACUAA